AUGUCUUCGCCGGAGACCCCAUUCAUCGUGGUCAUCUGCCAUGACUCCUACCGCACCCCUGAACCCUACCAACCCUUCCUCACCGCUCCAAAAGCGCAGAACAUCGAACCCUACCGCCCACCGCUGCCCUCGUCCGACUUCCGCAGAAUAAAUGUCGGCGACGUUACCAACCCGCAUUACAACAACGAUCCACCAUAUCCGCAGCCCGCCGACGACGCAGCAGUCCUCAACGAGCUUCUGAGCCAGCUCAUCCUCCGAUCCGGCAAGCGUGUCCUUCUGGUCGGACAUUCCUAUCUCCUCCGAGUGCGGGUCCUUGAUCCCAAUGGCCGAGUCCGUACACAGCUUCUCUGA